AAAAAAAAAAAAAAAAAAAAAAAAAAGAGGAAAAAUCCCAGCGAAUAUUCCGUAGCGAAUAGGGUUAGGGUUUCAUUGCCUUCCAAAUUAUAGCGUAUAUAUAUAUACUCUUCUUCUCUCACACUCAUUUCGUCAGUCUCUCACUACGCUCUCACAAUAUUUCACUGCUUCUGCGUAGUUCGGAGACCUUCACAGGCAAAAAUGGAGCAAACUUACAUCAUGAUCAAGCCCGAUGGUGUCCAAAGAGGCCUUGUUGGUAACAUCAUUAGCAGGUUCGAGCAGAAGGGAUUCUUUUUGAGAGGUUUGAAGAUCAUAACUGUUGACCGUGCCUUAGCUGAGAAGCACUAUGCUGACCUUUCUGCAAAACCCUUUUUCAAUGGGUUGGUUGAUUACAUUAUUUCUGGCCCUGUUGUUGCUAUGGUCUGGGAGGGUAAGGGUGUUGUGACUACCGGUAGGAAGAUUAUUGGAGCAACAAAUCCUGCAGAGUCUGCCCCUGGAACCAUUCGUGGUGAUUUUGCAAUUGACAUUGGCAGGAACGUUAUUCAUGGAAGUGACUCAGUUGAGAGUGCUAGGAAAGAGAUUGCACUGUGGUUCCCUGAAGGGACUGUUAACUGGCAGAGCAACGCUCACCCAUGGAUCUAUGAGUAAACUUUGUCCGGUUUCACUCUCCUGUUAUGACCGCGCUUUGUUAAGUUAUUAGAAUUUUGAGACCAAAUUUAGCUAGGUCUUGUCUGUUUUGUUGGGUGCUUAUAUGCAUCGUCCUAAACUUAUUGCAUUGAUGGUUAGUUCAUCUUGGUGAUGAGUGUAUUAAUAAGAAACCUACAGAUAUCAAUAUCAUUGCGGUUUGCAGUGUGAAAAUCUUAUUUCUUGUCGUA